UGAAUAGUCAACUAACCUUUCGGAGUCAGUCACACUUUUAGAUCCGGUCCACCUUCCACGGAAUAUCCAUGCCACGUUUUCACGCCGAGCUGAACCCACCUCCAAAUUUUGUUAGUUGCAUGCAACACCAACCUCAGCUUUGGACUAUUCGAUUCAUGGGAUUUAUUUAGCAUCCAUUAAAACGCUGUUUUUAGUAGAUCCAACUACAAAUAUCAAGGGAAACUUAUCUUGAAACUUGAAACUUAUCCGACUGUUACCGUCUCUGAUCAUCAACACUGUGGCAGAUGUGCUUUCUUCUUCCUGUUUUUCUUCCCGAUCACCCUCCCCUCCAGACGCCCUCCUCCUCCCCAUGUCGACUGACCCUUACACCUUCUCCAGCGACUCUCUCCCCAGUGACCCCCGCUUCCUUCCUCCGCUGGCCAACGGCCUUUUAGGAUGGAGGGUGUACAACGACGUCCUCCACAUGGGCAGGGUGUACAACGGGGAAGGAGGGGAAUGUCACCGUGCGGAUGUCCCAUGUCCCCUGGCCGUGACGGUUGAGACGGAGGAAGGUGGUCAAGACUCCUACAGCCUGGACACCCACACUGGUGUUUUCACACACACGUUGACCUCAGCCAGUGCCACAGUCUCGCAGUCUUUUUACUCACACCGCCACUACUCCAACCUGAUGGUGAUGGAGAUUCACUUGGUGCGUCAUGUGACCUCAGAAGUGGCGCUCACAGUCAACCUGGUCACUUCCUUCACCCCUGAGAGCAAAGACAUUGAUUUUCAGUCUGGGCCUGAUUACAAAGGUGGAAGAUACAUCCAAGGUCAGACGCAUACUGCAGAGUUCCCAGGAGGUCCCCGGCCUACGGUUCACCUCAUCUGGACCCCCAUUCCCUCCACACUGACACUGCCACCAGAGCGUAGCCAGGAUCACUGGGGCUUCAUUGUGGCUGUGGCCAACUCUUUGAACCUAGCUAAGGCAAAUUUUGACGAGGGCCUAGAACUGAUGGCGAAGGGUGACCUGCGUCCCUCUCAUGAGAAGGCCUGGCAGGAGCUGUGGCUGCAUAGCAAGGUGGACGUGAUGGGGUCAGAGCGCCUCUUGAAGGCUGUCAUUGGUUGUAUGUUUUACCUCCUUAGUGCCUUCCCCUCCAUACAUGACACCUCCAGCUCCUUUGGUGGAGUCAGUCCAGGUGGACUGUCAAAUGGCGCGGAGGGUCAGGAUUAUUGGGGCCAUGCCUUCUGGGACCAGGAAGUUUGGAUAUACCCCACUGUGGCUUUAUUCUACCCAAAGCUGGCCCGAGCCGUGCUGGAGUACAGGGUGCAGACUGUUGAUGGUGCUAAAUACAAUGCACAAAGGCAGGGUUUCAAGGGGCUGAAGUUUCCGUGGGAGAGUGCUGUGUCAGGAAGGGAGAUGUGCCCUAGUGACAUUUACGGACAACAAGAGAUUCACAUCAAUGGAGAUGUCGCGCUGGCCUUUCAGAAUUAUUACUACCUCACUGAGGACCUGACGAUGUUCACUGAUGGAGGGGGCAGUCAGCUCAUAUGGGGCGUGGCCGAUUACUGGAUUUCCAGGGUAACCUGGAGCACAGAGGACCAGAAGUAUCAUCUCUUAGGUGUCAUGCCACCUGAUGAGUACUACUACAAUGUCAACAACUCUGUCUACACAAACACAGUGGCCAAAUUUAGUUUGCAGUUUGCUGUGGAAUUAGCUGAUCUUCUCAAGCACCCUGCACCAAAGGAAUGGCACGAUGUGGCUGAAAACGUCCAAAUACCCUUUGACCAACAAUUUCUGUACCAUCCUGAGUUUGAAGGCUAUUCCAAAGGUUAUCCAGUGAAACAGGCAGAUGCUGUGAUGCUCAGUUAUCCUCUGGGUCUGCCCAUGUCCCCUGAGAUCAGAAGAAAUGAUCUUGAAGCUUAUGAGGUGGUCACAGAUCCUCAUGGACCAGCCAUGACUUGGGGCAUGUUUGCGAUUGGAUGGCUGGAGCUGCGGGACGCAGAGAAAGCUCAACGUUUACUCGAGAAGUGCUUCAGAAACAUUCAAGGACCUUUCCAGGUGUGGAGCGAGUCAACAGACGGCUCUGGUGUGGUCAACUUUCUCACUGGUAUGGGAGGGUUCUUGCAAGCUGUAGUGUUUGGUUACACUGGCUUCAGAGUUCAGAAGGAAUGCCUGGCCUUUUCCCCAAUUCUUCCAAAUAACGUGAGUGAGCUUUGCAUUCGUGGAGUCAGCUACCUGGGCCAUCAGAUGGACUGGCUCUUUAGGGAACAUGAGGUUUCCAUCACACUGUGGGAGCAGGGAUGCGGUGCUCGGUUUGCUAAGACAGCGUGCGAUCUGCAGGUGGUCCUCAAGGCAUCAGGGACUAAAAUCCCUUUAACCCCAGGGACGCCAGUAACUUUUCCUCGAGAACCUGGAUGUGUUUGCAAACUUGAACUGUCGUCUUUCUGCUGGCCUUUCUGAAAGAGGAACCAGGCUUUCUUGAUCACUACACCCAGUAAAAUUUGCUAUAUACGUACUGUGGCAUCAUGAUCGCUACUCUAUUUGUCAAUCAUUUGUGCAAAAAUACCUGAGUUAUAAACUUCACAAUACUUGAAACAAGGACAAUACAAAUUAUUCAUGACUGUACAACAAAAAAAAAAAAUUACAUCACUGUAAGACCAUAUUUACAUGUCAAAUGACUGUCAAAAGAGACUGUGCUGGUAUAAUAAAAAUAUAAAAUAAA